AUGGAUUCGUAUGAGUUCCCUGAUAUCCCAGAUUUGGAGUACCCUCAGAUACCCCGCGCUUCAUCUACGCGAAUCCCUCUACACAGUUCGAAGGCAGACCAGCAACGGGAACGUAACCGUCAAGCACAACGUAGGCAUCGUCAAUCCAUCAAGCAGCGGUUGGAAAAGUAUGAUCGGCUGCGCGAAAGUCUUCAAGACCCCGAAAAUGACCCCAAAGACUCGGAGGAUUUCGCAAACCUACCAUCAAACCAACAGCAAAAUUUGCCGUCGCCAUCAACUAGUAGAACACCUUCAGUGCCCACUUCAUCAAUCUUGUCAAGACCCUUAUCAGAGGUCGAUGUCGAUCAGCCGAAGAACGCUCAGCCCGCAGAUCCUUAUGAUACUCUCUCGCAGUCGUCCCGUGCCUGGUCAACAGCACAAGAUAUAAAUUCCUCCCCAGGGAGUCUUCAAAGCGAGAAGCACAGUUUGAUGACUUUCUCUCCAUCCGACGCAGCAUUUGAACUUGAUCCGAGCUCUGUCUUUUCUCAGCUUGAAUUCGAAACGAAAAUCAAGGCAGAUAGUCAGUGGGGCUCCGGUCGAACUUUAUUGCAUCAGGGUGUGGUUUUAAAUAGCGAGGAUAUCGUCCUGGUGUUGCUGGCCCAUGUUGCUGACAUGGAAGCUCGGGAUUAUGACGGACGGACGCCUCUUCACCUGGCUGCUGCUUUAGGAUACGUAAGCAUAGGGCGUUUGUUACUCAUGCAUGGUGCUGCGACGACGGUAUCAUGGCCGGACAAAUGUGGACUAACUCCGAUGCACCUUGCAGUUCAAAACGGGCAUGCCCCCAUGGUCGAGGCUUUAGUCGAGUUCGGUGCCGGUGUUAAUUUGCGAUUCUAA